AUGGAUGUGCAAGACUUCGUGAUCUAUGCCCAGACUUCCCAGGAGAAGGUUCUUGGAGUGAGGGAGUUCCACUUGGGUGGAGCGUUGAGGGAUGGCAACCAGGAUUUGCUCGGCCAAAAGGUGCCCUCUCAGUGGGGUGACGUGCAUUUGUUCGAUUUGUGCCUGACUUUUGGCCACGUUGACACAGCAUGGGCUAUGGCUGAAAGAGGAGUGAAAGGUUGCAGGUUGGAAGUGCAUCACCUUAAGAAGAAGUUCCACUCCCAGAACAGGGGUGGCUCGAGGCGGUACUCCUACUGCUGGUGCAGCGGUUGGCAGACCUGUCAAGGGUGCUGCUUUGGCUUCCCGGUCGAUCAGGGCAUUUGGAUGAAGGACUGGAAUGCAAGCCUCACGGAUGCUGCAGAAGCUGCCAGCCGGAUGGCCCAACAGCCCUUAGUUCACAUGGUCCUAGAGGCGCUUUGCCACGAUGCUCUGCCGCAAGCUCUGGCCAUCUCUGAGGAGGCCAUGGCACACUUGCUCGAUAUCGCCAUCCUCAUCGGCGACAAAGAGGCGGCCAUGAGCUGCGCGGAGCGAUCCCGUCUCCGGCCUUUGCGGCGGUGGAGCUGCGAUGAGAUUUUCGAUGUUCACUGGCGAGACUUGAAUUACCGUUUGACUGCAGAAUAUGUGAUUGAGUUGGGUCACGGAGCCUUGAAACUUCGAGAUUGCGGCAUUCUCCUUGCAGCCCUUGCGGCCGGUGUGGAGCUGCAGGGCCUCGAGCAACGGAAUUCCACUUUUUGGCAAGAUGGAAUCAGACUUCCAAGCUUUUUUGUUCCUGAGAUUCCUGUCCGGCUUGCAAUGGCUUUGUCCGGAUCUCCUUUGGCCGAUUUUGCAGACCUAUCGCAACCACCUGAAACUCCCUGGGUACCACCAAAGCCGAAUGCAUUGGGAGAACUCUUCUUUAAAGGAGGCAGCAACAGGGGGAUUCCUUAUUUGUGCAAGGACCUGCUUGAAAGUGCUCAGAGAGCCGGAAUCUCCUUAGCUGCUUUGGAGGUGCUUGACACGAGUCAGUGGCAUUUGCUGGAAGCGACUGAGUGGAAUUUGCUUCCCUCGAUCUCGCUCUUGGACUGCGCUAUUCUCUUUGGGCAAUCUGAUUGUGCGGCUUUCCUUGCUACUGUGGGCGCUGAGCUGUCGGACUGCGACGGCCUCCACUUUUGUGCGGAGAGUAGUGUGCUGAAUGCGGAGCCAGCGCGCCGGCCUGCCGCGAUGGCAGCAGCCCACACGGCAUUGUCGAUGGUGUGGAAAUCGGAAAUGGCCGGCAAAGGUAUUGCAGUCUACCAAGCCAUGAACAAGCUUUCAAAUGGGAGACCCUUCCCCCCGUUUCUUGUGGAUGAGGUGGUGGCUCUUUCUAUGGAUGUGCCGAAGAUCAUUGAGCAACUGGAUUGGUGGGCGGAAGCACAUGCUUGGUGCAAAUGCUUGGCCGAAGCAAAGCGUGCUUCGCUUUCGCUGCUUGCUUCAACACUCCAAGUUCAGAUGAAUUCUCAGAAAGCUGGCAGCUCAGAAGGUGGACUCCAAGCUUUGCCGCAAGGGCAUUCAAACAGCGAGGAGGUUGGUGCAGAGGAUUUGCAAGAGCCUCGCGCAACUUCGCCAAGCCAACAAGAUCAGCACGAUGCACAAGAAGCUGAUGAGGCCGUGACGGUGGAUCAAAAAGCCACGGAUGAACUCAUGCGUGCCAUGCGCGAGAGUCUGCACGACGUUCCACCAGUGAAUAACAUUGAUGGCGUCCGAUUGUUCAGGUUGACAAGCUCCCCCAAUGCAAAGCGCAUCAUCGACCUUUUGUUUAAUCCUCAGGGGCCUUUGCAAGCGCUGCACAAUCGCGUCCAGGAAGCUGGAUGCAGCGUUGACCCAGACGGAAAUCCAGUGAAGAUUGUUUUCGUGCCAUGUGCUCAAGAGCAGCUUCUGGAACUUGAGCAGAUUGCCACUGAUCAUGGCUUUGAGCUGCGGCGGGACGCACACAUCCUGGCGUUGGAGCGGGACGCCGAGCUCAUGGAGAUGGCGCUGCGGAGUCUACCACGGAAGGAUCGUCCGAAGCUGAAGAAAGUUAGUCCACAACGGGAGGACGUGGGUGCUCAGCAGGUUUCGGAGGCGCUUGUGGGGGAAGACGAGGAUGAACCUGAAGACCCUAUGAUCGUGACAGAGACUGGCUUUGCCCUGCGGACGGACUCGGAUGUGGGAAUGCCGUCGUAUGAGGGCUGA